GUUUGUCUUUAUUAGGCGCCUACAAUGUUUAUUAAAGAGGAACAACAACACUGCUGCGUGUAAUCUUCUAGACUUGGACCUCUCCACCUCACUUCUUCACGCCCAACACACCAAGAUUCAUCUCAGUGUGUUUGAGGAUUUUACUUGUUGCUGCAGUUGGUGUUUGUAAAGAGUGUGAUGGAAAACAAAGCAAAGAGGAUUACUACCUUUAUGGACAAAGGUUUGCUUCGAACAACAGAGUUAUACAAGUAUUUAUUGGAGACGAGUGUGUAUCCACGUGAAGCCGAAUCUCUCAAGGAGCUAAGAGCUCUCACUUUCACUCAUCCCUGGGCCGUCAUGGGUACUGCACCUGAUGCUGGCCAGUUUAUGGCCUUGAUCUUAAAGCUAAUUAAUGCGAAAAAGACGAUUGAAAUUGGAGUCUUUACUGGAUAUUCCCUGCUCUUGACUGCCCUUACAAUUCCUGACGACGGAAAGAUUACUGCCAUAGACGUGGAUCGGAGUGCUUACGAGAUCGGAUUACCUGUAAUUGAGAAGGUUGGGGUCAAGUACAAGAUCAAUUUUAUCGAGUCUGAGGCUCUUCCAAUUCUUGAUCAAUUAUUGAAAGAUCCUCAGAAUAGAGGAACGUUUGACUUUGCUUUCGUGGAUGCUGAUAAAGUCAAUUACACAAACUACCAUGAGAAAUUGUUGGAGCUCUUGAAACCUGGAGGAGUAGUUAUUUACGAUAACACGCUUUGGGGAGGGUCAGUUGCGAUGCCUGAGGACUUGGUUCCAAAGGGUAGACUGAGUAUGAGGAGUGCUACGAUUGAGUUCAAUAAUUACUUGGCAGCUGACGGUCGUGUGCAAAUUUCUCAAGUUCCUUUGGGUGAUGGUAUUACCAUGUGUCGUCGUCUGUGAACGACUAGAUGUCGUGGGC